AUGCAAAAACUUUGGCAACCUUCACACAAACAACAAUAUGGUAAAGAGAGUUCUGCGGUAGGAACUGAUGGAAACAAUGGAAAUUACAGUCCUUCUACUCCUACCAGUCCUACACCCAUUCCAGCAACUGGUCUUCUUGUCAUCCGUGUUGUUGAAGCAAGAGGACUCACUUUACCCCCAGGCAUAAGACCUCCACAAAUUCCUCCACACUUUGUACCAUCAGCUCCAACGUCUACGCGGGGUAACAGAGAUAGCAUGCAGAGAAAACAAUGCUGGUGGCUUCCUUAUGUAGUUCUAGAAUUUGAUAAAAAUGAAGUACUGAUCGAUGCCCUAGGUGGUGAAGUGCAAAAUCCUAUCUGGCAAUACAAAGCGCAUUUUGAUGUUUCGCGAGAAUCCGACGUAUCAAUACAAAUAUAUCUCCGAAAAUCCACCCAAACCGGCCAACACACUAAUGACAUGGGCAACGAUGUGUUUUUGGGUGGUGUAAAGAUUAUACCAAGCUUUAAUGAACCAAAUAAAUUGCACGAACAAUGGUACAAAUUGCAAGGUGGUUCAGGCGAUGUUUAUGUACACGUGAAUCAUACUCUUGCGGAGCGUACGGUUUUGGCGCAAAUAAACAACCCCUUCAUUGUACCUUUGAAAUUCUCUUUUCAAAGUACAGAGAAAUUGUAUUUGGUGUUGGCUUUUGUGAAUGGUGGUGAAUUAUUCCAUCACUUGCAACGAGAAGGCCGGUUUGACGAAGAGAGGUCUAGAUUUUAUGCCGCAGAAUUGCUUUGCGCAUUGGAAUGCUUACAUGACUUCAACGUGGUUUAUCGGUUAGUACCAAAUUAUUCAGGCCAUAUUGCUCUAUGCGAUUUUGGUCUUUGUAAACUGAACAUGACAGAAUCUGAAACUACAAAUACCUUUUGCGGGACACCCGAGUAUCUCUCUCCAGAACUUUUGUUGGGCCAGGGUUAUACCAAAACAAUAGAUUGGUGGACUUUGGGAGUUUUAUUGUUUGAGAUGUUAACGGGUCUACCACCUUUUUAUGAUGAGAAUACCAAUGAAAUGUAUCGAAAGAUUCUACAGGAUGAAUUAAGAUUUCCUGAUGAAGUUAGCAGCGAGGCUCGAAGUUUAUUGACGGGGCUAUUGACCAGAGAUCCUAACCACCGCCUUGGUAAUAAUGGUGCCCAAGAAAUUAAAGAACAUCAAUUCUUUUCUGCUAUAGAUUGGAAACAAUUGAUUCUAAAAAAAGUUCAACCACCUUUCAAGCCCAGUGUUGAAUCGGCUAUUGAUACUUCGAAUUUUGAUGAAGAAUUCACUUCAGAGACUCCUCAAGACUCGGUAGUCAACGAUUCACAUCUUUCUGAGACCAUACAACGGCAAUUCGACGGGUUUACAUUCAAUCCCCAUGAAGGAGUAAUGAGCGGAA